UCUCUCUCUCUCUCUCGCGUCCGCAAAAUGUGAUUUGUGAAGUUGGUACCUUCUCUUGACGAUGCAAAUACCUCUUCCAGCGAAUCUCCAAAAGCAGUCUUUCUUCCGCAAUCAGACACAUCUCAAAAAGGACUGGAAUUCAAUCAUCAAACACCACACGAAGCUCAAAGACGACCAUGCAAUUCUCUACACAUAUGCCCAAAUGGAAUCACUCAGCAUACCACCCGAUAACACCACUCUCCCUCUCGUUUUCAAGGCCUGUACGAGGCUGAAUGCUGUGGAGAAGGGCAAGAGGAUUCAUUCUACCAUUAAAGGUACUCCUUCGAUGGAAGAUGUCCGGGUUGGAACUGCUGUUAUGGAUUUUUACUGCAAAUGCGGGUUUCUAAAAGAAGCUCGUCACUUGUUUGACGAAAUGUGCGAUAGAGAUUUGGUAUCGUGGAACGCGAUGAUAUCUGGGUAUGUGAGUUGUGGGUUCUAUAAGGAGGCGAUUGUCUUGUUUUUGGAUAUGCAAAGGAAAGGCUUGAAACCCAAUUCAAGGACAGUGGUUCAGCUGCUUUUAGCGUGUAGAGAGGUCUCCGAAUUGAGAUUGGGUCAGGAGAUACACGGUUAUUGUACUAGGAAUAGAUUGUUUGAUUCAGAUCCUCAUGUGGGUACUGCUUUAAUUGGGUUUUAUUUGCAAUUUGAUGUGAGAAAAUCUUGCCUAGUGUUUGAUUCAAUGUUAGCGAGGAAUAUUGUGAGUUGGAAUGCAAUGAUUAAUGGAUAUGUCGAAGUUGGGGAUUCAUCAGAAGCAUUGAAUCUUUUUCUUGAAAUGCUUAGGGAUGGUGUUAAGUUUGAUUCUGUUUCAAUUUUAGCUGUUGUUCAGGCUUGUGCUGAGAUAGGAUCUUUUGAAUUGGCAAUGCAAAUCCAUCAAAUUGCAAUUAAGUGUGACUUUUACGGAAAUGACUUGUUCAUAAUGAACGCAUUAAUUAACAUGUAUAGUGAGAUUGGAAGUUUAGAAUUAGCUAGUAAGUUAUUUGAUAUCGUCCCUGCUUAUGAUGUUGCUUUGUGGAAUUCUAUGAUUGCUGCAUAUAAUGACUCUGGCUAUUACGAAGAAGCUACUAGUUUGUUUUGUGAAAUGAGAGCAGAAGGCAUCCAGGAAGAUGAAAGAACUAUUGUGAUUAUGCUGUCCUUAUGUGCAGCUUUAGCUGAUGGCUUGAAAAAGGUUAAGAGCUUACAUGCUCAUGCGAGGAAGAGUGGGAUGAAAUUGGAUGUUUCUCUGGGAAAUUCAUUGUUGGGUGUGUAUGCAGAACUCAAUUGUGUUGAAUCUGUUCAAAAGGUCUUUGCUGAGAUGAGUAAUGUAGAUGAGAUUUCAUAUUACACGUCGAUCUCCACAUUGGCCUCUAAUGAUAUGAUAACUGAAGCAUGGGAACUCCUGGGGAUGAUGCGAGAUUCUGAAACUAAACCCAACUCGUACACAAUGAUAUCUAUCCUUGCUACUUGUAAGGAUGAAACUUGUCUAAAUAUUGGCAGAUCGAUUCAUGGCUUUGCGAUAAAACAUGGUAUUCAAAUGAACACAUCUUUGAAUACUGCACUCACUGAAAUGUACAUGAAUUGUGGUGAUGAAGUAGCAGCAAGGAACCUGUUUGAGGCCUGUCCCAACAGGGAUUUGAUAUCCUGGAAUGCUUUGAUUGCUAGUUACAUUAAAAACAACCAAGCGCACGAAGCUCUGUUACUUUUCAAUCGCAUGAUCUCAGAGGUGGAACCUAAUGCGGUGACUAUCAUAAAUGUUCUCUCAUCGUGUACUCAUCUUGCGAAUUUGCCUCAAGGCCAAUGUCUGCACGCAUAUAUAACACGAAGGCAGUCCUCUCUUGGUUUUGAUUUUUCACUUGCAAAUGCCUUUAUCGCAAUGUAUGCAAGGUGUGGUAAUAUGAAAAGUGCUGAAACGAUCUUUAGAACUUCACCAAGCAGAAAUGUCAUUACAUGGAAUGCCAUGAUAACUGGCUAUGGUAUGCAUGGUCGAGGAACUGAUGCUAUUCUUGCUUUCUCCAAAAUGUUAGAAGAUGGUCUCCAACCAAAUGGUGUAACUUUUCUAUCUGUUCUAUCCGCCUGCCGCCAUUCAGGGUUGAUAGAUAUAGGAUUACAGCUUUUUCAUUCCAUGGUCCAAGAUUUUAAUGUAACCCCUGAGCUUGCUCACUAUGGUUGUGUGGUUGAUCUUCUUGGUCGGGAGGGCCGAUUAGAUGAAGCUAACAAAUUCAUCAAAUCGAUGCCUUUUGAACCAGAUGCAACAGUGUGGAGAGCUCUGCUCAGUUCUUGUCGAGUUCAGUCCAACACUGAAGUAGCUAAAGCCGUUUUUGAAAAUCUUGUCGAAUUGGAACCAUUAAAUGCUGGGAAUUAUAUUUUGCUAUCUAACAUCUAUGCUGCAGCAGGUCUCUGGUCCGAGGUCAGAAAAGUAAGAACAUGGCUGAAAGAGAAAAGCUUAAGAAAGCCUCCUGGAAUUAGUUGGAUUGUGAUUAGAGAUCAGGUUCACUCUUUUACUGCAGGAGAUACAUCACACCCUCAGUCUGAAAAGAUUUAUGCAAAUUUAACUUCUUUGUCAACCUUGCUCAAAGAUGCUGGAUAUGUUCCUGAUUUGUCUUGGUUUUUACUGCAUGCUGAAGAGAGUGAGACUGAAUCUUAAGGGUUUUAUUAUUAUUAUUUAGUGUUUGCAUUGAUCUUCUUCAAAGGUUGAAACUGUCCAUCAUGGAUGCACUGAAUCAU